GCUUGCAAGCAGAAGCUCCCUCUUCGAUUUUCCCACCGAGAAAAAAACCGCUAGGGUUUUCCGUCAAUGGCACGACACGGUGGUCGCCCCGUGACUGUCCUAAACGUGGCGGAGAAGCCGUCCGUCGCCAAGUCUGUUGCGGGAAUACUGUCGCGGGGAAAUUUCCGGACCCGGGAGGGGAGGUCUCGGUACAACAAGAUCUUCGAGUUCGAUUACGUCAUCAAUGGUCAGCCGUGUCGGAUGCACAUGACCUCCGUGACGGGUCACUUGAUGGAGCUCGAGUUCGCCGAGCGAUUCCGUAAGUGGUACUCCUGCGACCCGGCCGAUCUCUACCAUGCUCCUGUCCUGAAACACGUCCCCGAGGACAAAAAAGACAUUAAGAAGACAUUGGAGGAGGAAGCACGAAGAAGCGAUUGGCUUGUUUUGUGGCUUGAUUGUGAUAGGGAAGGUGAAAACAUUGCAUUUGAAGUUAUUGAGGUCUGUAGGGCUGUUCGUCAUAAUCUUGUUAUACGGAGGGCUCAUUUCUCUGCAUUAAUUGACAGGGAAAUUCAUGAAGCAGUUCAGAAUCUUAGAGAUCCUAAUCAAUUGUUUGCUCACGCUGUAGAUGCUAGGCAAGAGAUAGAUCUGCGGAUUGGCGCUUCUUUCACUCGAUUUCAGACAAUGUUGCUGAGAGAUAGGUUUUCUAUUGACUCCAUGGGUGAUGAAAGGAGUUCUGUUAUAAGUUAUGGUCCUUGUCAGUUUCCUACACUAGGCUUUGUCGUAGAACGAUACUGGGAGAUCCAGGCACAUGAACCAGAAGAGUACUGGACCAUCAACUGCUCUCACAGAUCAGAAGAAGGCCUUGCCACCUUCAAUUGGAUGCGUGGACAUCUAUUUGAUUACGCUGCAGCUGCCAUAUUAUAUGAAAUGUGUGUUGAAGAACCUACUGCUACCGUCAUGAAUGUCCCACAGCCAAGGGAAAGGUUCAAGUAUCCUCCUUACCCUUUGAACACUAUUGAACUUGAAAAACGUGCUUCGAGAUACUUUCGAAUGAGUUCAGAGCAGACUAUGAAGGUGGCAGAAGAUCUUUAUCAGGCUGGUUACACCAGUUAUCCGCGUACAGAGACCGAUUCUUUUUCUAGCAGGACUGAUUUGCGUGCAAUUGUGGACGAACAAGUAAGACAUCCUGCAUGGGGUUCAUAUGCACAGAGGCUACUGAACCCUGAGGAGGGAUUGUGGAGAAACCCUGGUAAUGGGGGUCAUGAUGACAAGGCUCAUCCACCAAUUCACCCGACAAAAUUUUCUAGUGGUGAAUCUAACUGGAGCAGAGAUCACCUUAAUGUGUACGAACUAGUUGUUCGUCAUUUUCUAGCAUGUGUUUCCCAGCCAGCAGUUGGUGCUGAAACUACUGUGGAAAUCGAUAUUGCUGGUGAGCGGUUUUCUGCAUCUGGGAGAGCAAUAUUAGCCAAAAAUUACCUUGACGUGUACCGAUUCGAAUCGUGGGGAGGUUCAGUGAUUCCAAAGUAUGAAAGAGGGCAACAGUUUAUCCCAACAACUUUAACUCUUGAUUCAGCUGUAACGAGACCGCCACCCCUUCUGAGUGAAGCCGACUUGCUGAGUUGUAUGGACAAGGCAGGCAUUGGGACAGAUGCAACAAUGCACGACCACAUAAAAAAGCUCCUUGAUCGGGGUUAUGCUACAAAGGAUACUAAUACCCGUUUUUGUCCAACCAAUCUGGGUGAGGCGCUUGUUAUGGGAUAUGAUGAUAUGGGGUACGAAUUAUGGAAACCAAAUCUGAGAGCCAUCAUGGAACAUGAUAUGAAUGAAGUUAGUGUUGGACAGAAGACUAAAGCUGAAGUUCUUGAAACUUGCUUGCAACAAAUGAAAGCGUGUUUCUUAGAUGCAAGAGUGAAAAAAACGAAGCUCCUGGAAGCAAUGGGGAUUUUCUUUGAUAGGUGGCCCAAUACCUUGUUCCAAGUACUGUAUAGCUUAAUUUUAUUCUUUCUACACGUAUCUAAUACUGCUUGUGCAGAUCUAAUAGAACCAAUGAAGGAGAAAGCGAGACAGGUACUGAAGUUGUUCGACGGUGUAAUGUUUGCCAUGAAUCAGAUAUGGUGCUCAGGAAGAUCCGGGAUGGCAAUUUCAUGGUUGGGUGCACGGGUUAUCCACAGAAAUGCAGUCUGGCUGCCUGGACCUGUACUGGAAGCAACAGUCACCACUGAUGUCUGCCAAUUCUGUGUUCCAGGUCCUGUUUACAAGAUUCGUUUCAAGUUCCGCCAGAUUGAAAUCCCUCCAGGUUUUGAUGUUAAUCACUUAGGCUGUGUUGGUGGCUGCGAUGAGAUUCUGAAACAGCUGAUAGAAAUAUGUGGAACUGGAUCACGCACACCAGCAAGGAGAGCUCCAGCUGCAUCAGCAAAUAAUCUCCAAGAAAGCAACAUGAGACAGACUGUUUGCAUACAUUGCCAUCAGUUAGGCCAUGCUUCAACUAAUUGCCCUUCGCAGGUUUCGGGAUUUCGGAGUUCUCGUUCUAGUAGAACGAAUCUGAGAAAUGAGGAGGCUUCAGUUUCAUGUAGCACAUGUGGAACACCAUGUGUAUUGCGUACGGCCAACACAGAGGCUAACAGGGGAAGGAAAUUCUUCUCAUGUCCAUCACAAGGCUGCAGCUUCUUUUCGUGGGAGGAUAGUAUCAGUAACACAGCGAGCUCGGCUUCUAACUCUGGCCGGAGCACAGGGAGAGGGAGAGGGAGAGGCAGAGGAGGCAGGGAAAGUGGUGGCACAAGCUUCGUCUCUGUGACUGGAGAACCUCUAAGUGGGAGAAGGUGCUUCUCUUGCGGUGACCCUUCUCAUUUUGCAAACGCUUGCCCCAACCGGGGCCUCUGACUAUAUUAUAAUGUAUGAAAUUUUGAUGUUUACAGUAUUAGGAUGUGGCUGUGUGGUAUUGUUAUCUUUGUGAUAUAAUAUAUAUAUAUAUAUAUAUUAUAUA